GCUAUCAUUGGUAUAAAAUUAAUUUCGAAAAAGUUCUCAAGUAGCCUUGGCUAUCCUCCUCAUAGAGAUGGAUCAGCCAAUAGCAACCGCCAGCUGUGUCAUUCGUUAAAGAGAAUGUGGGGAGGGCGUAACGAUUUUUGGUAGUCAAUGAAAUGGGGAAGAAAAUAUGUUAAACAAAUUGAAAUUGAAAAGACUUGUAUAGUUUUUAGGAUGUGAUGCAAUAUAACUACAAGUAUAACGUGUUGGCAGGAUUGUUCAGUAGUCUCGCUGUUUUAAAAAUAGCCGGCAAAAAUACUUUGCUUCUUCAAAGGAGCAAUGACCUGCCUCCACUUUUUCAACUGCGAUCAGCUUGCUUGCUAAUUGCAGAAUCAACCACAGUGUCUAGCUGGCUAGCUACCCGACCGUUAGAUGUAGUAAAGCGGUAGCUAGCUAGGCAGGAAGUACUUCAGGUUAACGACAGGUUAGCAAGCUGGAUGUUUUUUAAAAAACUGUAUCCUAGCUAGUUACAGCUACCACUGUACGCAGUUAACUUACUGUCAUUGUUAUUUUUUAAAGUUAGGUUAGUUUGCAUACUCGACUGAAAAAGACAAAGGAAUGGCUAAGUUGUCAAGUGAGUGACAUGCUAAGACAGCUAUGCUAUUCUAGCUUCUACAAGUAAUAGCUGGCUAUCCUAAGCCACUGAUACUUGAAAGAACUUCGCUAAAGUUAGCAAGUUAGCUAACUAGUUGAGUUAGCCUGCCGUUUAUUUUUAAUUCCUUUGUGUUAGGGAAAGACUCAGUAACGUUAGACUUUCCCCCACCACUGUAAGUAGCUUUUCCCCCCGGUGAAGUAGUUGUAUAUUUUCGAAUGGCUCCACAUAAAUAUGGUUCGGGUGGUGGAGGUAUUGGUUCUGGUCCUGGGUUUGGUUAUGGUACCGGGGGCAAAGUCGGUGUUCAGUCCUCCGGAAUUGUGAUGACUUCAAAGAAGCCAAAAAUGGAACAGAUUCAAGCUGACCACGAACUCUUCUUACAGGCAUUCGAAAAACCCACACAGAUCUAUAGAUUUCUGCGUACCAGGAACUUGAUUGCACCCAUCUUCUUGCACAGGACUCUCACAUACAUGUCCCAUCGAAACUCAAGAACAAAUGCCAAAAGGAAGUCUUUUAAAGUUGAUGAUCUGCUGCACAAGGUUGAGAAGGCAAGAGGAGAGCAAGAGUCUCAGAGCUUGGCUUCACAUUUGCAAUUGACUUUCACUGGAUUCUUCCACAAAACAGAAAAGCUAUCGCAGAAAUCGGAGAAUGAGCAAAACACGGUGCCCUUGGAGGUGCUUCUAGUGAAAGUCUGUCACAAGAAGAGAAAGGAUGUCAGCUGCCCGAUAAAGCAAGUGCCUACAGGUAAGAAGCAGGUGCCUUUGAAUCCUGAUGGCAGCCAGGCCAAGCCAGGGGCCUUUCCCACGAUGCUGGUCUCCAGCCAGGAGUUUGAGCCCAGCAACAGCCACAUGGUCAAGUCCUAUUCGCUGCUCUUCAGGGUGCCCUGGCCGGCCAGGUGCCAGCUCGGCGGCCUGGCCAAUGGCGAGACCAACGAGAACAUAGGUGUUGUUGAGGAAAUGACAAGCAGGAAGAAACGCUCCUUGCCUAGGGAAGAUGGCGAUACUAUGUUUGUGGCCCAGAUGACUGUUUUUGAUAAGAAUCGACGUUUACAGUUACUCGAUGGGGAGUAUGAAGUAUCCAUGCAGGAAAUGGAGGAGUGUCCAGUUGGCAAGAAAAGAGCCACAUGGGAAACCAUUUCAGAUCAGAAGUGGCUGCCUGAUCUGACCUUCUCCCAGGGCCCCACACUGCAGUUCACCCUGCGUUGGACAGGCGACGCGUCCAGCCGCUCCACGGCGCCGGUGGCCAAACCCCUGGCCACACGCAACUCUGACUGCAGCAGCGGCGCUGCAGAGAGCAGGCUGUGCAGUAUCAAGCCCCCACAGACAGCAGCUGUAAAGGAACCAGUUAGCACUGACACUGUCCUGAGGAAGGAGCAGAUUGUGGCAGAAUCACGACAGAAGCCCAGGAUAAUCUAUCAGUUCCUGUACAACAAUAACACGCGUCAGCAGACGGAGGCACGUGAUGACCUGCACUGUCCCUGGUGCACCCUCAACUGCUGCAAGCUCUACAGCCUGCUCAAGCACCUCAAGCUCUCCCACAGCCGCUUCAUCUUCAACUACGUGCCUCACUCCAAAGGAGCGCGGAUAGACGUGUCCAUAAAUGAGUGUUAUGAUGGUUCUUACGUGGGCAACCCGCAGGACAUUCACAGCCAGCCUGGCUUUGCCUUCAGCCGCAACGGCCCCGUCAAGAGGACCGCAGUCACCCACAUUCUCGUCUGCAGGCCCAGACGUGUAAAGCCCAGUCUAUCGGAGUUCCUGGAGCCGGAGGAAGGGGCUGAUGUGGAGCAGCAGCAGCGCACGUACACCAGCGGCCACAACCGCCUGUACUUUCACAGCGACAACUGCGUGCCGCUACGGGCCCAAGAGAUGGACGAAGACAGCGAGGACGAGCGCGAUCCGUAUUGGCUUCGGGAGAAAACGGUCAUGCAAAUUGAUGACUUCACUGAUGUGAAUGAGGGGGAGAAGGAGGUCAUGAAGCUGUGGAAUCUUCACGUGAUGAAACAUGGAUUCAUUGCAGACAAUCAGAUGAACCAUGCCUGCAUGACGUUUGUGGAAAAAUACGGUGGUGACAUCGUGGAGAAGAACCUCUGUCGGAACUUUGUGCUGCACCUGGUCAGCAUGCACGACUUCAACCUGGUCAGCGUGGUGACCAUCGACAAGGUCAUGUCCCGCGUACGCGAGCUCCAGCGGCAGCGGGCGCACGACCAGGCGCACAACAUCAGAGCGCCCAGCGGCACUGGUGCCUCCUCCACCAGCCAAGCCGGCCGGGGGGCGCUAACCGACAAAGAGGCGGCAGCAACAACAACAACAACAACAACAACCACCGCAGCAGCAGCAGCAGCAGCAGCAGCAUCAGGAGGAGCAACCAGCAGGCCCCGGCAGAACAAGAGGCAGAAGCUUUGAGGGCCCUAGGGAUGGGGGUUUGGGUGGGAGUUGGGGUUUGGGGAGGGCGAAGGGACGUGGGAUUAAGGAGCCAGUGGGAAGAAUCUGGUGUUCUCUUUGGGUGGGGCGCCACUGGACUUGUUAUCCAGUACAGUACCCAUGCAUUCCGUACAGGGUCUCAGGUGCUUGGUGUCUGCAACAAGGUGCACUACGGGCAGACAUUACCAAGGAAAAAAAACACACUGCAUAAAACUAACAAAAAGCAAGUGAAAACCAAUAGAAAAAAAGAGAAUUGUGCAAAAGAUUUAUGGGUCAUUUCUAGAUGAAGGAACUGCAUUUGUCAUUUUUCUAUUUGCUCUUUCCUUAUUGCAAACAUUUGAACCAGCAGAUGACUAGGCUGACUAGGGGAUAGUGGCAUUUAGCUACGGCGAGGAAAUAGCAUUCUUUUGUAUGAUUACUGUGAACAUUCAGAAGCAGUAGUAGGGAAACCAGGUGUCAUGUGUAAACGAGUCUUUAAUGGCGCACCAUUGUGACAUACCGUCAUGGCCCUCCAAUCAGAAUCCAUCCGGUUCUUGUAGGUGCCUGUAUUUAGACAAAACUAUUCUAGGAAUAUUUUAACAGUGACAAAUUGCAAAAGAGUCGACCCAAAUUCUGACGUUUUUUUAUGAUCUGUUUUCUACCGGGUUUAAAUGUGUUGAAUAAUGCAUUUUGAGAGUGAAAGAAAAGAGAGAAACUUGAACUUAAUUAGAAUAUGCUGUUUGUGUGUAGGGAUCGAAAUAGCUUUUUGUUCUCUGAGGGCCAGCCCGGACGAUGGCGUUAGUCGCCACCACCACACUGGACUGGUUUACACUGGCCCCUGUUUAUGCAAGGAUGUGGCUCAUUGUGCCACACACACACACACACACACACACACACAGGGUAUUGAAGGCUGACUGUAGGCAUGAGCGUCACAGCUUACCUCAAGCGCUGUGCCCUCGUGGCAAUGCCGGAACAAGCCAGGUGCUCUUUGUAAGAUGUUUACACUUGUCUUUUGAUUUUGUUAUUUGUUUUAUUUUACAUCUCUGGAAAAUACAGGGGUUUGUUUGAAUGGUUUUUAUAGUUGUUUUUUUUUUUCUGUUAGAUCGGUCUCGUACUGAGGCUGAGUGCCGAUUUGCGUGAGGAGAAUUCAACAGGAUAAUCACUGGAGCUAAUAGUCGCAGUCAUUUAGUCUCGCACCCCCACACUGCCAUAGCAACACUGUACCACUGUGCUCUUACCACACUGAGGGUUCUCCUGCUUCCGUUUGUGUUGACUAGUUACCAGCGGCCAAAUUAGUCGUCGGAGCAACACCUCUCCCCUUUCUUCACCACUGAAAUGCAGCCAUCUUCCCCCUUCACCUCCUCUCGGUACACUUAGAACUUGGCAGCACCCGUUCAGAGGGGAACCCAGAUUCCCCUCAAUCUGUUCAGGCUUGAGGAGCUUUUUUUAUUCUCAAAGGCUCCCGGAGCCAAAGUGCUUUGAAACUCUCUGGUCUCCGCUGCAUCUGUGUGUGCGCUACAGGACUUCCUUGUAGGAAAUGUCAGACGACUUAUUGUUUGACUUAAUUAGAGGUAAUUUAAGCAGAGUGAAGAGAGUGAAGUAUAGUUUAGAGACCAAAGCGUGUGGAUGCUACAUGUUGUUUUUCAAGAUGACUACAUUUAGGCUCUCCUGUGAGCCUUAUCAGGUUCUUUUUUUAAAAGGAGACAAAAGCUUUCUUAAACUUCUGCUUUAAUUUUGCUAAAGCUAUGUGUAUACUAUGAACUGAGAUGUUUGACCUUUAGCGUAGAAAAGAAUCAAGUCUGUGACCUGCGAAGAACUUUUCCAAGCACACAUCUAGAAGACAAGAUCCUAUGCUUUCCGUGAUCGAAAAGACCAGCAUUGUUUGCACAUGAUAUGAUUUCCUAGAAAAAAAUGUUUGGAGAGGUUGACGCAAAGACCAAUAAAACAAAGCAGAGUUUUGUAGCAGUCAUGGGUUCUUUUCUAUUUAAAGUAAAUAUUUUUUAAAACUACUGGUCAAAAAAUUAUAUGAAUGAAAGUUAUGUGAAACGGCAAAUAUUCUACCAUGACUGGUGUUGGGAUAUGUUUUGAUAAAAUAUAUUAAAAGACUUGAAUUUUUAAA